AUGCUGGAAAUUAACUCUCUUCUUGUCAGCCCCGGAAAGUCAUGGUUAAUGCUCUUUGGUCGCCUCCCUUUGGUCCUUCCCCAACUCACUCUGUCCGAUAAACCCCUCAAAUUCCGCGAUGUGGGCCGAUACGUGGGCAUCUUCUUUCAAUCUACCCACCGUAACAUGUUCGCUCCCCACUACACCGAAAAGCGCGACGCUGCCGUUGGGACUGCACGUGCAAUCACUGGCUGCGAUCUGCUUGUUGGGAAUUGUCGCAUGCCUCCCUCCAUCACUAAACAACUUUACACAGCGCUUGUGGACUGCCACCUCACCAACGGUUGCGAGAUCAUACCCGAUACCGACCCGAGUCUUAUCCAGAUUCGCUUUCUACGCCGUAUGCUCAACCUCUCCAACAACUCUGUCAUUACACCUCUAUUCACCGAAUCGGGGAUCAUGCCUAUUCGCACCCGCCGCGCAUCGCUCGCACUCCGAUACCUCAAAUGCCUCAUCACUCUCCCUCCCUCUCACUAUGCAUUCUCGGCCCUCUGGGAGAACGACAACCUCCGCCGUGCUGGCUCUCCAUGCUGGCUCUCGGACUUGGACUAUGCCAUCUCCCAACUCCCGGGCCACCACCGCCUGCCUCACCUGCAGGAUCUCAACAAUGUCAGUAUCGACACUCUCAUCAAAACCAUUGAGUUCUCCACAAAAUCGGAACUACAAUCCCAUAUCGACACCUGGUCAAAACUCUCUUUACUCAGAAAUCGCCUAGAACCGAAGGAAGCGGGUCCGGCAAAACAGCAAAUCAUUGGACUUCGACAUUAUCUCACUCAAGUCAAGAACCAUGCUCAUCGUCGCUCGAUCACCAAACUCCUCUGUGGCGACCUCACCCCCCAAAUAUUCCGAGCUUCUGCCUCACCCCUGCGUCUGCUCACCCCAACUGAAGUUCUUCACCGAACCUGUCGUGCAUGUAAUCUACAGGGAGAGACUCCACAACACCUUCUGUUUCAAUGCCCGUCUCUUACCUCUAUCACUUCUCUCCGAGCCGAGUUCUUCCUGUCCAUUCGACAGUCUCGGCCGCUACUACGCAGCCCAAAUCUUUCGGAUUCCACUGCGCUACACUAUCUCAGGUUAUUAAUUUUCGACUGGAACCUAAUCAUCCCCACUGCUAAAUUCAUCCACGAGGUCGUGACUCUCUGGCAACUCUUUUUAGAUACUGGUUUAGAUGGCUCCUUGGAAUAUGUUGAAAGCGAUUAUGAGUCAGAAGUGGAGUGA